UUGCGCUCUACGCAAGUGCUGAUGAAUGCAAUAAUUGCACUGUGCCAUUUCUGCGAAGUCCAUGGACCUGGUGCGAUCUUCUGCACGCAAACGCUGCGUGAAACGAACAUUCAGCAACUGGACAUCAGCUUCGAGUUCGAUCGCAAGGGCUGUGCCGCUUGCAACUCGGUCGGCAACAGCAUUGGUCUCGUGAGCCGCGACCCGGAAAGCAAUGCCAACUUCGUGAGCAGCCAAAUACCGGUCAUCGCUGAGACGGUGCCACUUGUUAAAACGGCUUCCUUCCGAAGCCUAAGCUCGGAGGUAAGCUGCUCAGCGUCGGAAGGUGGUUUUGUGUUUUUCGGUGACGCCAAGCACGGCCACGUACUGAGUCAUACUUUUCAACUGUACGACUCGGAAGCGCGGGGUUUCCAGAAACGGUUUUCAAUCGUCAUCUUAAUGAAGGACAAAAUGUUCCUUCUGAACUCCCAACCGUUCUUGGCCGACUGCAUGGCCAAGGUUUCCAGGGAGCUGCAAGAGUACGCACGGGUGGUUCACGAAGACGAUCAGCGAAGGCAGGGCUUGGAUCGGGCGCAACGUAUUAACAAAUGCCUUGGUGGCGCUUCGACGAGCAACGUGACAAACGCAACGGCCAACCGAUCGCUGGUUGAACUGACAGGAAAGGAGUCCAUCUACGCAUACGUUCAUUCGCACUUUUCUUUCAUCCUCUGGGCUGGCGCACGGUACCUAACGGAGAGCAUCACACUCGGUUGCCCAUCAACGCCCGUGUGGUUGGGCAAGGAAACGGAAGAAGGCUUUGCCAUGGUACAGUCGGAUAAGGACGGCUACCAGAUGCGGCGGCUGGGUGGGAUUGCCGGCGGCUUUGAGAAAAGCUUCGAUCAAAUCGAUGAACGCACGCGCGCCAAAUACUCACUGCGCAUGUUUCGUAGCAUUUUAAAAGGUAACUUCCUGUCGGUUUGCUAUUGCGCCCUGACCGGCAUACAGAUCGUAAUUCGUGGUACACCCAUCAAGGGCUACUGCCUGGUGGCCAAUUUGAAAAAGUUUCUUCCCGAAGCAUUGCACAAACUGGCGCGAGCGCAUGCAGAAACGUACACGUCGGCCAACGAGUUUCGUAUCAUCAAUCUGAAACAGGAGGCCAUAGCACCACAUUCGUCCAGCAGCAUCAUGCGCGUUGAUCUGGUAGAUGACCACGACAAGGACACGGUGGCCGUGUGCGCUUGGGAAGGCGAAUUACCCACCAAACUGCCAAGUUUGUUGCAAAAAAUCAUCAAAGCAAUCGACGAGGAGCUGUUCAGUGAUCAUGCACUGGACAAACAUUUACGGGUACUCGUUGAGGAGUGGAAAAACAAAGUUGUGUGCAUACGGAAGGUGAGCUCCAAUCAGGACGUUGCGAAGAUCAAAAAAAUCAUGGGAGUGCAGCCACAGGACCAAGUCCUGAUCAACUACUGGUACAGCCAUCUUUAGCCUCGGAAUGGGCAGCAGCAGACGAGGUGGUGGUAGUGUCUUUUUAUCAGCAGAGCUGAUUUGUUGAUGUUUGAAAUACACAU